AUGAGGUAUGACCUAUUUUCAAAGGGGUAUACACCACCUCCAAGCAGUAUACCAGAACCUGGAGGAGCGAAAUCUUCGAAAAACUUCCGACCCAUGAAGGAACCUUCGUUGAUAGCUUUAGUCAUUUUGGGGGUCUGUAGUUGCCCCUUCGUAUGGUCCGAUCACAAAUCAAAUACUACAGUUAUAGAAACUGCGACUGAUCCUGAAUUGGACACAACCACACUUCUAUUCUCUUCGAAUGAAACUAAUGUUAGUACAAAUGAUAUAAAAGAUUCUAUUAGACAAAUUGCUUACUAUCUAAGAGCUCACAAAUUCAACGAGUAUGAUAGAAGAUAUGAAACUAACGAGUCCAUGGCCCCCAGAUAUUAUUACAAGUCAUUCCCAAGACCCCCUUUACGAGCUUUGCACUGGGAAGUACAUCAAAUAUGUGAGAAGUCUUUUGAGGACUGUAUUAUAUAUUUAAAAAAUAAAAUUGCUCAAACUGCUGCCCAAAGAAAUGAUGAUACCGUAUAUAUAAUGAUUGAACAAAAUUGGACCAUGCAAAGUAAUGAAAACCAAAUAAAUGAUAUAGACUCUCAAUGUAGGAAAUAUAAAAAGAAAGACAGUAUUCGAGCAGACCCUUUUAACGGUCCUUUGGAACGUUAUCAGUGGAGAGUUACUGCGAGCUAUUACAUGUGCUGGUUCACGAUGAAAGAAACGAAGAUACUGGAACAUCUUUCAGAGACUUGCGAUAAUUUCGCUGACUGUUUAGAUCCUCGUCAUGGUCCUUUUAACGAGGACAUACGGGCUGAUGACAAUCAACCUUACGCUUGUGCUCUUUAUAGUUUUUGUCCAGAUCCUUGCUGCCCCUUAAAACAUUUGAAAGGCUUAGAUGAGUGUUGGAAUUCUGAUGAAAAUCCGUGUUUUGAUGGAAAUGAUGUAGGAAGACGAGACUGUUUACUACAACGUUCUCAGAACAUUGAUUUUAGGGACACUAUUUUAAACAGAUGGAAUGUGACAUGUAAGUGCCAAAAUAAAGGCUAUGAAUGGAAUUCGAUGUUCGGAAUGUGUAUUGAUAUCGAUGAGUGCGCCAUAGGGAUGGACGACUGCGAAUCGAAAAUGGAAUCUUGUGUUAAUUUACCUGGAAGCUUCAGGUGUGUGUGUCAGUGGGGCCACAAAUGGAAUGAUCAGUUGCAGCGAUGUGAAUCUAAUCCAGCUCUUUCCACAAUUAAGCUUUUAAAUUAAAGCGCACAAUAAAACAUAUUUUUGGAAGAAACGAAGAAGGAAAAUUGAAUACAACCAAUUACGUGAUUUUUGCUUUGAU